GGGACUGGUUGCCAUCCAUAAACCAAGAGAGGUAAAAUUAGAGAGGUUUGUCUUCUCGUAGCCAGCCAGGGAAGAAGAGAGAAUAAUAGUAGUAGUAAUGGGGUUGGCCAAGGAUAGAGAUGAUGCUAAAGAAGAGAAAUGAGGAGCUGGAGAAAGCCCUCGAAGAAAGCAAACGGAGGGAGGCAAAGAUGAUUUCAGAGCUACAAAGGACAUGGGAGAGGCUCAGAGUGGCAGAGGAGGCUGAGGAGAGUCUCUGCUCCCAGCUGGGUGAGCUGGAGGCCGAGGCUGCCAAUCAAGCCCGUGCCUACCAUUCCCGCAUUCUCUCUCUCAUGAACGAGCUCUCCCAAGCCCACAAUCUUCUCCAUCUAACCAAUUAAUACCAUCAUCAUCGUCAACAUCCCCUUUUCUCUUCUUUUUUUUCUUGUCUUCUUGGCUCCUCAACAAGCAUAUAUGUAUCUGGGAGCGGGCAGAUAUGUUUCUUGCCUGUACCUUUGUAUGUUGAUUAGGUCUCUCUCUAGAUGAUUGAAGACUCCCUCCCUUUCCCGAUUCCAGGAGAGUCAAUAAUUUUGUACAUUGUUUUCUCUUUUUCCUUUUUUCUUUAGUGAAUGAAAUUUGAGUAUUCGCCCU